AUGCAACUUCAUUCCAUUCUGUUCUCUCUUUUUUUGGUCGCCUCAGUUAUUGCAAAAGGCGAUAAACAAAAGUCCGAAAAGUCGCAGUGUAAGCAAAUUAGGAAGCUCCAGAAGUUCGUCGACUUGGCCUCGAACACCACCAAAUUGGAAGAGGUCACAAACAACAAUGCCACAAAGGUAGCAGAAAUACAAGCCGAGGCAUCUGCUGCAGCGACACAGCUUACAACAUUGCAAAGCAAUGCUACUCUGGUAUCAGACUGUGCCGUUAUAAAUGCUUCAGAGGAGCAGGAGGACCGCUGCGAGGAGACACUUGAGCUUCAAGCAUUUAUUGCAUUUGCAUCGAAUACCACUGCCCUCGCCGCCCAGACCAACAACAAUGCAACCAAAAUGGCUGCCAUCCAGGCUAAGGCCUCUACUGCAGCCACCAAGCUCCAGGCUUUGACGAGCAAUUCGACACUGCAAGCUGCUUGCCCGGCGAUCCUGCAGAAGGAGGAGUGCAAGGGUAUGAAGAAGCUGGAGAAGUUCAUUGAGAAGGCGAAUAACCAGACACUUCUCGACCAAGCUACGAACGGCAAUACCGCGAAAGCAGACAAGAUCAAAGCCGAAGCCGUGCAGGCUCAGGCACAGUUGACGGAAUUGCAGAGUAACAAGACUUUCAUGGAUGCCUGUGCUGCUUUGGGUAUCACUGGAAAGACUGGGAAGGGAAUUGAUAGUGGAGCUUCUACUGAGGCAGCAGCUACUUCUGGCAAGAGCUCUGCAACGCUUGUGCAGGUUGGAAGUAUUCAGUUCACGAUGCUAUCGACCAUUUUGGUCGUCGCUGCUGGGAUGUUCUUUUUGUAA